ACCAAGUCUUUGCCAUUUCAGUCAGGUCGGCGGAGCCGUGCUGUCGCCUUCCUCUGUUUGGAAUAAGAGAUCCGGUCUGGACUGGACUGAUCUGCUGGAGCUACUCCGGCUGAUUUUCAAAAGCAUCAGUUUGUGCAAUGUCGUCCGAGAGUGCUGACAAACACUGGCGCUAUGCGGCUUUGGCUGCUGCUGCCCUCGGCACAUCCUCAGCACUCGUCUAUCUCGGCAGCAAAUGGUACGCGGAUGGCAAAGGCACACACAACAUGCUUUGUACUACUGCUCAUUGACCUGACCUGCAGGCGUGCUGCGAAGCGGGAGGAAGAGAAACUGAUGGAGUACAAGAUCCUCACGCCAGCGGCGCCGCCAGCGGGAGAGUUCGGUGCUGUCGACGUGAAUCUUGACCUCUGCUGCGGAUUGGGAUGCUGCCGGAACGCAUGCCCCUCUGUGUUUGGGGAGGCUGCGCUAUUCCGUAACACACGGCCACAGUGCAGCCAGCCGCUGUGUCGGUCGCAUGUGGCCGUGUGUUAUGCAGGUGCAUACGUCAAGAAGCAGCCCUCCACGCGCGAAGAGUUCAUUCAGACGAGACGAGCAGUGAAAAGUAAGAAGAUCUCUCACACACGAGCACAUUCUUGUACCAACACGCCCGCCGACACCACCACACUCGUUCCCUCGCUAACGCUGUCAGGUUGUCCCCCGAAGGCCAUCCACUGGACCAAGCUGCCCGCCGGCCUCAUGAAGGAGACCAGCGAGUGGGAGGGCUUCCCCGAGCUCAUCGACUCGGGCGACGGCUAUGAGUUCUACUGCCUGGGCGCCGUCACCCACACACUCGGCACAGAGAGCUACCUGAUCGUCCGUGAGGGUAGGGGCAACGUCAUGGUGGAGCCCGCCAGUCACACCAAGCAGGUGGUGGACUUCGUCAUGCAGCGGGGCGGCGUCAAGUACUUGGUUCUGACACACAGGGACCACACCAAAGGACACAGCUUCUGGAGGAUGCAGACGGGCUGCAAACGUGUACUACACUCAGACGAGGUGCGGCCAGCUGAUGCAUGCAGAUGUGUUCACAUCAAUGCAUCCGUCCGCCCUACGUUCUGUUCAUCGCAGAUGUGUUACCUGUCUGUGGGUCCGUUCGAGUCAACUUAUGGCUUGGAGCACUGGGUGCGUGGCAAGGGGCCCGUGUCGUCCCUCCCCGACGGCGACCCCGACGUCAAGCUCAUCCACACGCCGGGACACACCAAGGGGCACCUGGUGAGGGAGUGGAGGAUAGGACGCAUUCAAAUGGACAGACAAAGAAGGAGCCGAAUGUCUGUGUGUGGUGUGUGUGGUGUGUGCAGUGUGUGUUGUACAAGGACCGUCUGUUGAUGACAGGCGACCACCUUUGUUACUCGCACCGCGUCAAAUCCCUCAUGUGUAUCCGCGCUGUGUGCUGGGACAACUGGCGCACACAGGUGGGUGGGCUGCUGAUGGGGUGGGUGCAGCAGAUCAUUGAGGUCAUGUAUGCGGUGUAUAUCUCUGUGUGUACGUGAUGGGUGCAGCUGGAGUCUGUCAAGAUGUUGAAGCAGUUCUCCUUCCUGUGGGUGCUGCCGAGCCACGGACAGAGAUACAAGUGAGUGUCAUGUGCCAGCAGAGCCGCUCGACCACACUGCCAAUGCACACGUGUGCUUUCAUAUGUUCUCUGGCUGUUGUUUCAGGGCUCCGUCUGUGUCUGCGAUGCGCGGCCAGCUCGACCAGUGCGUGAGGCUCUGCAGCGCAUACCCACCUGGUACGUAUGUGUGUGUGUGUGUGUGUGACUGAGGGACAAGACGACACACUCAUCCUCUCCUUGUGUCUGCGUGCGCCAAGGGAAAGAGCCCACUCCUUUCGGCCCCAACGAUGUGACCAAGAGCUUCUAUCGCCAUCGCCCAUACGACCCACCGUCCGCUGAGAGCGAUGAAGACUCGCCCGUCCAGUGACGCUUGUGUCUUGUCCCACGUGUGGUGUGUGGAACACCUGGAUGGACGUGCACGCGUGUGUGCGCUUGUGGCGCCCGUGGAAACCAUCGGUUCACUGACAGGCUGGCUAUUGUGUCAUACUCGCUGUGUCUUGUGGGUGCCACCCAUGCGCCUGGGUGAGGGCUGAUUGAUGAGCCAGCCAGAUGUGUGGCUGGGCUCUCGGUAGAUGUUAGUGAUGUAUACUAGGAAGCCCCGUACACAUGUGCGUUGUGAUGAGAGAGGGAUGCGUGGCAGCAGGUGUGUGGCUUCGUCUCCGCGCAGCUUCAGAUACAUGAGUACGUGCCGACAGUCAGUGGGGUGUUAGAUGGCCAAAAGGAUGGGUAUGCUCUUCUUGUUUCGGUGGGCAGCUGGCUGGUGGUCAUGGUGGCCAUGGUGACUGUUUGUAGCAGCCUGAUGGACGUGCUGUUUGUUGAGAAAUGGUCGGAUGAUGUGUGGCUUUAUGCGUGUUUGCGCGGACAACCGACACUCACGAGCAAUGAAUACAAUCAUGUCC